CGCGUCGCUUUAGAGUUCAAACAAGCUGCAAUCAAUCACACGUAUGAUUACUACCAAGUGCGAUUUUAAUAUAGCUAUCUGUUUUAACAGAGCAAAUAAGGCGUAGGAAUUCGAGGUGAGUUUGUUCUACUGUACCAAGCGCUUCCGAAGGUUUUUCUCUUCAGGAUAGGGAAUAUUUCCUCGGAGAUGUGGAAGGGUAAUCACAAAUGGCACGUAGUGAUGUUGGUGCAACUCCUGUUGUUUCUCCACGGAGUCGAGAUGCAGCAGCAACAGCAACCCAAACCGAAAUUGCAACAGCAACGACCAAGCGAACCUGAACGGAAACCUCAGGUCUAUUGGGCCACGAGUAUGGACAACAACAGACGAUUCCAGCAGCCUAACGAGUGGGAUGUAGUUGUUCAACACAAUAGCGUUGAUCGGCAAUGGCCAGCUCCAGCCCAAGCUCCUAAUCCCCUGCCUGCUCCCACUUCAAUUACACCUACAACAAUUACUCCACCGCCUGCGCCAGUAUACGGACCUCCACCAGCGCCAGUUUACGCACCUCCGCCUGCGCCAGUUUACGCACCUCCACCUGCGCCAGUUUACGCACCUCCACCAGCCCCAGUUUACGCACCUCCGCCAGCGCCAGUAUACGCUCCUACGCCAUCACCUUACCAACCUUACAUGCCUCCCGAUCAUCCAGCCUACCCUGAACCAGCUCCUGCGGUGUAUCAUGAACCAGCUCCUCCAUCGUAUCAUGAACCAGCUCCUCCAUCGUAUCAUGAACCAGCUCCUCCGUCAUAUCAUGAACCAGCUCCUCCGUCAUAUCCUGAACCAGCUCCUCCGUCAUAUCAUGAACCAGCUCCUCCAGCCUACAACUCUGCCCCAGCUCCAGCCUACGAUUCACCAGCUCCUUCUUAUGGUCCUGCUCCAAGUCCACCAGGACAGUAUUACUACUAUGCCCCAGUCAAGGAGAGCAAAGAAAAAGGACCGUCUAUUAAAGAUAUGCUUGAAAAGGAUAAAGAAGCACUGUUUGCUUUGCUGCCUGAUAAUAAGAAGCAUCUAACCAACGAACAAAAAAUUUGGCUAUCGGUACUUACUCCACUAAUUGUGAUUGCUCUGGUCAUCCCGUUGGCAGCAAUUCUCUUCUCGGGAUUCACCAUCACAACUAAUGGACGCAAGUUUGGUGAAUUGAAUAUAACCGAUAUGAAGAAGAGUAUUUUAGAUAUUGCGGAAGGGUAUGGAUCUGUCCUGGAAACAGAAGAAUGCAUGCAGCGUAUCAUCUGCGAUCUUGGAUCCUACGCAAAAUCGAUUCCAGGAAAAUCUUAUGUCUUGACGUUCUUGUCGGCGCUUGUGCCAGAUACGAUGAAGAACAAUAUGGCCAUUUUCCAAAAAGCAGCUACUUACGGCGCUGACAAAGCGCAAUGUAACAGUUUCAAAUGUUCAGCGUGGAAGUACUAACAGGUUUUAGAGGAACGAUCGGAUGUUUUCUUCGCCAAACUGUCUUGAUUUUGUCCAGCUUUCGAAAAGCCGAUUAAUUAUUUAUUCAAACUUUUGCCUUAAAAAACUGAAUUGUUAUUAAUAAAAAUAUGGAAAAGGAAAA